CGGCACACGUUUUUGGUAUUUUGCGAUAAGGUUCCAUGGCGACGCCCGACGACGAACUCGUCUUGACGGGAAAGGUAGACAGCGAGUCCUUGACCUCCGACGAGUCGGCACCACUGCAUGACACUGACAUCCUCAUGAGUGCGCCAAAGCGAAAACGAAUUCGAAAGCGUGCCAUGGACGAACUCGCGUACUUGAAGAACCAGGUCGCCGAGUACACCCAUCAGCUUCAAGCACUUCAGGUAAAAGUGCCCGACCCGGCUUCAGUCAGCGAGUGGGAAAGACGGUCUCGCCGCCAGGCCGUCGAACGAGCUGCUGUCGAGCAAGAAAACCACAAACUCAAGGCUGCCGUGGAAAGCCAGCUCAAGAUCGUUGAAACCCUCGUCAAGCUCGUGACGAAACGACCCAAGCUCGCGGAGGAGGUGUAUUUGGUCGUGAGUCAGUACCACACGUUGCCAGCAGAUCCCAUGACUCGAUUGACAAAGCUGCACGCGAUCGUGGACGCAGAGUACCCCAAGUGGGAAACCCACUUUAUCGCAAAGCGCCUCAUCGACUCGUCUGAAUCGAUCCUCCAGAUCAACGUCGACUACGACGAAGUGGCGCAUGCGAUUGGGUUUGAUUGCGUCAUGUGCCGGACGCUGAGCGUAAACUUCGCCCAGUGCACAUCCAUCCUUUGGACCAUGUACUUUUUAAACAUGGACAUCAAGAUGCAGACGACGGUGAUGAAGUUGAUUCAACGCGUCGACGACAAGACAGUGUACUACCGCCACUUGAUUCAGUUUGAAACCCACACGGUGCACAACCAAGUCGUGUGCAAGCGAUUUGACAAACCGGGCCAAGUCGUGAUCGUGUUGCAGUCUGUCGUGGGUGACGAAUUGUUCCCGUAUCCCCCAAACGCCUACGUGGCCCAUGAGACGGCCUGGUGCGUUUGAAGCACAUCGGAGUUGGACCUUGACGGAAAUAUGUUGUAGGCUCGUUAUAUCGAAAGCGGGAGAGAACGAGUGCACUGUCAAGUACUUUGCCAAAGGAACUUUGUCGUGCAGAUCGAGUCGAGACAUCCCCGCACUAGACGCGCUCGACUUGAGUGACAACGAUGUCACGGACACCACGCCCAAGGUUGCGCACCACAUGGCGUUUGCCGAGUAUAUGAUGGCGUGCUACCGCAACAACCUCCACUCCCUCAGCAUCCACAUCGACCACACGCUCUUGUCCGUCGUCGAUCCUUCAGACACCAAGCUCACCGUGUUUGACUCGUACUCCUUCACCGAUUGAAGCUCGACAUGAUGCAUGCCUCCCCAUUUUCUCGGCUUGAUCGAAACCUCUCCGCCACUGACCGACGCCAUCUCGUGUAACAACUCGACAUUCAAAUCGUUCUGUGGUGUAUCUGCCGGGGGGGUCCAUUC